GGUAGGUAGGUCUGCUAGGUACUUACCUACGAACCUAACCCCGCUGUGUAACUCAAGUUAGCGGGGCCCUAGUCGCGCUGCCCAGGUGUAGAAUUACACUAUAACACCCCGACCUACAUGUACCUACCUACGUCGUUGGACGAACGCAUCGUCGCGCCUACACAGUUGCAGUGUUCGCUCUGAGCCACGGUUUGUGUGUCGACUCAUCGUCCUGCGUACACUGUUGAUAGACCAUUACCUUGGUCUACGUCCUUGCUACAAAACGCUUUGUCUCCUACCCCUUGCAUAGGCAAAAUGUUACCAUGUCUCGAGCAGGGCCCGAUUCGAAGCGCGUCGAGGCUAGCAUCAACCGCCUCAUUUCUGAAAUAAUACCCAAUAACCCACACGACACAAGGGACGAAAACCAGCAGAGGCAUAGCCUGUUACUUCAGCAAAUCAAGGACCAGCUUGAACGACCCCAUCCGCCUCCCCUCGCCGACCAGAAUCAUGCCUCAGAGCUCAUCCGCCGUCGGCUGGUGCAGUCUGAUCCAAACCUAGCUCUGCGCUUCUCCAAUCUAUACUCUAGGUUGUUAGCCCUGCCUAUUCUAAACCAGAAAUGGGCAAUACUCUACCUUCUCCAUCAGCUGACGGACUCUCCUGACCCCAACCUGCCGGAUCCCGUGGCUUUCGCCGAGUUUCAACAGGAGGAAGCGAGGCGGCAGAGGCGGCGAGAUAGAGAAGAAUUUGGGUCUCUGAGUCCCUCGGAUCGUGAUACAGAGAAUGAGUUUGUACCGGAUCCUAUGGCCGGAGUCUACCGGCCAACCGAUCUACGCGACGUCUUAAAGAAUCCGAAGGCAGUAAGAACUUCAGAUCAAGAUUCCCCAUACGAUGAUUCCAGGCGGCCGCCGUCCCCAAGCGAAUGGAGACGCAACAAAGCGCAAGUUGACGAAAUUCCCAACUCGUCAAAACGAGACGUUGCUAUCAAAUCGAAGCUGUUGGCAGACAACUACUCCGACCUUGAGCCCCCGGAGCCAACUAUACUGAGAGAUCUCCCUUACACAUUACAAGGCGUUUCUUCAGCCACACUCCCCUUUGGCCCAGACUAUUCUCUUAAGUUACCUCACUCGCUACCGCCUCCCCUAAUUGGUCUGCUUCACACACUUGGUGAGCCAUCGCUCCUUUGCAAGGCCCUUCAAGACUUUGUCAAGACUCCCGCAAAAGGACUUCUGGAUCAAAGUCUUCGGGCUGCCAUUAAUGAUGAACUACGAUCUUACUUGACUCUUGUGGCAACGCUGGAAGGGCAGAUUCGCCGGGCCCUCUCUUCCAUCGACGAGACCGCUCCGCGAAGUGGCAUAGGAAAAGCUGGCGUUACUCUUAAGCGCUGUGUGGUUUGGACUCGUGAAGCGACCAUGGGCUUGAGACUUCUAAGCCUAAUAGCCGAAGAGUCAAAAACCAAGAAAGGGGGCCAGAUCAUCUCUCUCAUCCACUCCUUUUCAACAUCGCACGGUGACCCCAUCGUAGGCGCUUUCGCGGAACGCCUGUUGACACCUGUAACACGACCAUUCUAUGAUAUCCUCCGUCAUUGGAUUUACGACGGUGAACUUUCAGACCCUUAUUCGGAGUUUUUCAUACAGUUGAAAUCAACGGAGUCGGUGGCCAAAACUAAGACCGGUUCAAACAAUGUUUGGGAUGAAAAAUACGACAUGUCUCAUGAUAUGAUUCCCUCAAUCGUUACACUAGAAUUUGCGGAUAAAGUCCACCUGAUUGGGAAAUCGUUGAAUUUCAUCCGUCAUAGCUGCGGUGAUGCUCAGUGGGUUGAAACUUAUUCUAAAGCAUCAUCCAAAGAAUUGCGUUACGGAGAUACAGCUACCCUUGAAUCAUGGAUUGAUGACGCCUACAAAAUUACUAUGCGUCGUUUAGUUCAUCUUAUGACACACAAGUUCCAACUAUUCGAACACCUCCAAGCAUUAAAGAGCUAUAUUCUCCUGGGGCAAGGUGACUUCAUCGCGCUCUUAAUGGAGUCGCUCGCAGCCAAUUUGGAUCGGCCCGCUGGAGCUCAAUACAGACAUACACUAACUGCACAACUCGAGCACGCAAUCCGCGGGUCCAAUGCUCAGUUUGACUCUCCAGAAGUACUUCGUCGUCUAGACGCCCGCAUGCUUCAACUGUCACACGGUGAUAUCGGAUGGGACUGUUUCACCCUUGAAUACAAGAUCGAUGCCCCAGUAGAUGUCGUAGUAUCGGACUGGGGCAAUCGUCAGUACCUCAAAGUCUUCAAUUUCCUUUGGCGUAUCAAGCGCGUUGAGUUUGCACUCUCGUCUACGUGGAGAAAGGUGACCACGGGCUCGAGAGGUGUACUUCAAACGGACCAUGCAAUUGUGAGAAAGACCUGGAAGACAACUCGAGGGUUUCUUGCCGAGAUGAUUCAUUUCGUGGGCCAGUUACAAUAUUAUAUCCUUUUCGAAGUGAUUGAGAGUUCCUGGUCUGAACUCCAAGCGCGCCUCAAGCGCGAAGACGUUACACUCGACGACAUCAUUCAGGCUCAUAAGAAUUAUCUGAAUUCCAUUACGCACAAAGGUCUCCUGGGUGCGCGGCGGAAGCGCUUCGUGGCUUCUUCCUCAAACAGCUCUGCCGCCGCCAACGAGGAGGACGACAACGGCUACAUGAUUCAGCUCGGUGAACUUCUACGCACAAUGCUAUCAUACCGCGAUUGCGUCGACGGCCUAUACUCGUGGUCUGUCUCGGAUUUCACACAACGUCAGGAAGCUGACCUGCGACGCGAGGACAUGGGCUCUGAUGGAAACCCCGCUGGCCCGCACAGCGAAUUCCCCGCCCUCCAGGAGCGCCUCCGGCACCUAGGCGAACGCUUCCGGACACGUCUACAAAUCCUCCUCGGUGAUCUCGCCUACCAACCAGACGUCGACCUCCGCUUCCUCGGAGUGUCCAUGAAUUUCAACGAUGUGUACCAACCCAUCCGCCGCAAGGCCAAAAGUACCCCGGCCGCAGCUCCAACCGGUGGCACGGACAGAGAGAAAGGAAAAGAGAGGGAAAGGGAAUAAGUAUUCCACAUGGGCUGACUGAGAUCCAUUUUGUUAUGGAGGGAGUUAACCGUUGCUUCAAGGAUUGUUGGGAUGUAUUCAUACCAUACCAUUUAGCAGGCGUUACGGACUGGCGUAGACAAAUUGAUUCCACCAGUAUGGAAAUGACGAAAUCUAAGUUAUUAUGAAUCGAAAGGUGACAAGGCAAGCUCGAAGCAGAUUCGGCAGAUCACUGCAGCACCAGAGAGUAUGCGAGUGACAGCAAUGCAAAACAGCAGGAGUUCUAGAUUCACGAUAUGACUAUUUAGACACGUACAAUCAACCUACAUUGUACGUCUCUAGAGAAGAGCACUUCAUGGCUAAGUAGCUGCUAGAUCCCUAUAUUUCGGAGAUGGAGGCAGCUAGCAUAUUAUGUAUUGAUAAAAUGUCGAUCAAUGAUUAAAUUCGAACAUUGCACCAGACCUUGAACAUAGCAGGGCCGAGGAAAGCCAACAUUCCAAAAGAGGUAGAUUGGGACGACAGGGAAAAUCUAGCUUCGUUAUCAAUCACUUCCAAAGUCACAGUCAACUCAU